AUGUCGACUAAUCAAACGUUCGCAGACAACGAACCAACCAUGAAGUCUAAGCAAGACUUCAACUUCAAUUCUCAGGCCAGGACCAGCGCCUCUGGCAGCGAGUAUCAGGAUAGCCCUCCUCCUCUUCCUCGGGCCGGUUCGAAGCGCCCUGCUGAGGACAUGGAGCCAGAUGUUCAGCAUCAUGCCAAUGGCAGAAAGAAGCGCGACCCCCGCCCCAAGUUGCUCAAGUGGGAUGAACCAUGCUGGGCGCAAAUCGUCAUCGCCCUCGUUUCAGAAUGUGGCAAAGAUGAUGUUGAGAUUCCCUGGGACAGGGUCGCCAAAGUACUCGGCUGCACUGCCAGCGCUCUCCAGCAAGCCAUCCUCAAGAACCGCAAGAAGCUCGCCGAAAAAGGCUUCAUUGUGGACAGCCUCAAGAUGACCUGGAAAAAAGGCAAGCAGACUCUUUCAUUCGACGACACAACUCGCGAACCCGGCGUCGAUGAGGCCACUCAGACAAACUUCGUCACCCUUCAGUCUAGCUAUGGAAAUGGUUCCAAACGUCGCAAGCUCACUCCUGCCGCCCCUGAAGCUCACCAUGGUCAGCCUUCCCGCCAAUCUGAGGCACAGUCUCCAAAUGCCGAUGGGGUUGGCCUUUCACACUCAGUCCACCCUGACAACGGACACGUCUUCAUGAUAGGCGAGUCCCACUACUUUCAACCAAAGAUGAUCUUCGGACAUCCAAAUACGAUAGGUUUCAUUCAACCUAUCAGCAUCAACUCUUACCAUGAGUUCAACAACAACGCUAAAAGCGUCUCUUCGCACUCUGAUGCCACUACCCCGAGCGGCUCUCAGAGCUCGUUCACAUCUCCCCCCUCUUUCGGCUCUUCUCAUGGCAUCGAUGACGGAUUCACCGUCUCAGGAUCUGAGCUAAACGCCUCCGAUGAUGAUGGCAACGGAUACACCAGCCCAGGAUCUCAGAUGGGCACUUCCGAUGUUAGCGAUAACAGCCACUUCACCCUAGGAUCCCAGAUGGGCACUUCCGAGGCCAGCGAUAACGGUCUGUCCACCCCAGGUCUGCCCACCCCAGGAUUUCAGAUGGGCGCCUCCGAUGUCAGCGAUAACGGUCUUUUCAACCUGGGAUUUCAGAUGGGCUCCUCCGAUGUCAGCGAUAACGGUCGUUUCAACCUAGGAUACCAGAUGGGUGCCUCCGAUGUCAGCGAGAACGGUCUUUUCAACCUGGGAUUUCAGAUGGGCCCCUCUGAUGUCAGCGAGAACGGUUUUUUCAACCUAGGAUUCCAGAUGGGUACCUCCGAUGUCAGCGAGAACGGUCUUUCCACCCUAGGAAACCAGAUGGCCACCGGCCAGAACGCACAACAGGACAACAGCACCAUGACUCAUCAGCCCCAGGUGCGUGACUACGGUCACACUCAAGUGAAGCGUAACCACGACGCUGCCUUCCCAGAAUCGGCAGCGGGUCUCUACCCAGGCCGACAGUCGCAGGACUUCGGCCAAGAAUCCAUGCAGCCUGCUUCUCCAAACAAGCGGCAAGUUCAAGAGAUUCCCGGGUACUUUCCCACCCCGGCUCCGACCCAAGACCCGGCGCCAGUGUUGGCUGGCCUAGAUGUCAACGGCGAGGAUCUCGAUCUUUCGUCGUUCGAAAAGGACCUGGACAUCCUGUUCGGGUCAGCCAACACUGGCGUUGGAGCCACCUCUCCUCCUCCUCCUCCUCCUCCUCCUCCCCCCGAGCCCGAGUCCGAGUCCGAGUUCGAUUUUGGGGAAUUCCUCGUAUUCCCUUACGAUGAGUCCUAA